UUCUUCAUUUUGGGAAUGUGCAGCCUUUUACACCAAAUUGUUUACAAUUCAGAAAUUGCUGCUAUUGCUCAGUAUUGCCCAGUGUUGAACAGAGAUUCUACUGUUUAUUUUUAGUGUUUUCGAAAAUGUAACAAUGUCACAGUACAAACUUAGAUACACAUAAAACAUUUGUAAUUUGCUAGUCUGUUUUGAAUGUUUAUAGUGAGUUGAUUGUCAGGGGUGCUCUUAAAUUAUUAAAUGCAGACUGCUGUAAAACUAGGGCCAACCCUCUAAAUACAUAGCUCUGCUUGAACCUUAAUUGUUUUACCUUAACCUUCCCUAACAAUUAGACACCUGAAGUAUCCCACCUAGACACCAUCACUUAAGGACAUGGAGGUAGGCUAAGGAUAUCACAAUUCCUGCACGGAUUAAUUCAUCAGCACCUCCAUAAAAUCCUUUCUCAGAACUCAUCAUGGAUAUGGAUUCUGUGUAUCAGUAUUUAGGAUUUCAAGCACAAACCAGCGAUGAUUCAGAGAGUUCAAGGGUCAACCUGUGGCUGUAUGGAGUAGCUACCUCAGUGGUUCUGUGGACUAUAGGAUGGCUAUACAGAGACAGUCUGGAGAUAGAGGACAUCAACCAGAAGCAUGUAUUUGUGACAGGGUGUGACUCUGGAUUUGGGAACCUGCUAUGUAAAAGGUUGGACCGGCGGGGUUUCAGGGUGAUAGCUGGCUGUCUGACAGAGAAAGGAGCUGAUGACCUAAAGAGGGCGACUGGGCCAUACCUAAAGACAGUUCUACUAGAUGUGACGAGCACAGCGAGCAUACAGAAAGCUAUGGACUGGACCAAGCAGGAAGUUGGAGAAAAAGGACUGUGGGGGCUUGUGAACAACGCAGGACGCUCCCUGCCCAUGGGUCCAUCUGAGUGGAUGAAGCUAGAGGACUUUAACAGCACCCUGAAGGUCAACAUGACAGGGGUGAUUGAGAUGACCCUCACCUUCCUGCCCCUUAUCAAACAGGCCCAGGGGAGGAUUGUCAAUGUGGCUUCAGUACUGGGCAGAGUCGCUGCUAAUGGUGGGGGAUACUGCAUCUCCAAGUUCGCUGUGGAGUCUUUCUCUGACUGCCUCAGGAGGGAUAUCCACUACUUUGGUAUCAAAGUGUGCAUAAUUGAACCAGGAUUCUUUAAGACAGCUGUUACUAGUCUGGACCCCAUUGAGAGAGAAUUGCACCGCCUGUGGAACCAGCUCACUCCUGAAGUGAAAGCCAGCUAUGGUGACAAAUACCUGGACAACUACAUACAGAUCCAACGGUUGAUCAUGAAUGCUGUUUGUGACUCUGACCUGAGUAAAGUCACUAACUGCAUGGAGCAUGCCUUGAUUUCUGCCUACCCCCGUACCCGCUACAGUGCCGGCUGGGAUGCCAAGUUCGGGUGGAUACCCCUUUCUUACAUGCCGUCUUGUGUAAUUGAUAUUGGCCUGAAACUGGACCUGAGACGGAUGACGUACAACUACCCCCCUCCCCCUUGGUGUUCAUCUACACCAGGCCCUGAGACGGAUGACGUACAACUACCCCCCUCCCCCUCUGUGUUUAUCUAAACCAAGACCUGAGACAAAUGACGUACAACUACCCCCCCUCCCCCCAGUGUUCAUCUACACCAGGCCCUGAGACGGAUGACAUACAACUACCCCCCUCCCCCUUGGUGUUCAUCUACACCAGGCCCUGAGACGGAUGACAUACAACUACCCCCCUCCCCCUUGGUGUUCAUCUACACCAGGACCUGAGACGGAUGACAUACAACUACCCACCUCCCCCUUGGUGUUUGUCUAUGAACCAAAUGAAGACCCCAGUAAAACAGAAAACUUUCAACAGCUCUGUGAAGAAAUGGGGAGGGCCUACAUAGACUCCAAAUAAAGACAAUGGGAGUGGUGGUAAUGUCUGGGGUCAUGUGUUAAUGAUAAACCAAUCAUUGAACAAUGUUGUAUAAUAUGUGUAUGCUUCAUAAACAAAGGGAGGGGACUGAAAGAUGAUAUCAUGGUAAAUCAAUCAUUGUAAAAUAAUGUAAAAUGUGUACCUCCCUCAUAAACAUCAUGAAUAAAAACAUUAUAAAAGGGCCUGGAGUGUCCCACAACGGGGGCUUUUCUAUCAAAGAGAUGAUCUGACUCUUGAUAACUGGACCCUCCCGGAACCUGGCGCUGUCUGUACUAAUGAUUGACUAACUUAAAUAAAGGUAGGAACUGUCUCCC